AUGUCGCGAAUCCCUCCUGACUCCGAAUCGCUUCUGCGGCACGACCUCGAGGGCUUCUCGCGAGACCUACUUGGUCUUCAUACCCGCUUUCAAGAAAUGUUUCCGGUCCUCGCCAACUCCAGCGCGUCUGCCUCUACCUCGGCUGCAGCUCAUAAAGUCAGCCAGGAGGUCAUGGCGAAGGUCAAGCAGGAGGUCAUGAACAUCAAGCUUAGGGUCGAUGACUUGCAACAAAGGCUUAAUCCACAAGGGGGUGAUGUCUAUCGCAAUUGGAUCCAACCGUUGCAGGCAACGAACCACCGAGUUGAGGAAGAGAUGGCGAGGAUCAGGGAAGAGAACAUGAAGAGACAGCAAGCUGAGGAGAGAAUGAGGGGGGAGCUGUUCGUGGCGAUUCACAAGAUGCAAGCUGAAAUCCAAGAGCUGAAGAAGGCGCGUAAUCAGGGAAGUGUUGAGGAGAUGGAAAUGCAGCAGGAAUAUGGGUUCUUUCCGAAGAAUCUGAGGGAGAUGGAUUCUCCGGACCAUCGAAAUCUCGCUGCCCCAAGGGAGCUGCCUUCUUUUACGGAUGAAAACGUGCAGAGUUACACGUCGUCUGCACUGGUUCCGUUCAGCUCUCAGGUCGACAAGCACACAGAUACUUCCAACACCAAGGAACUCGGCUUGGACUUGACCACUCGACCAGCUAACAGAGGACAACAAGGUGCAGCCAGUCCUCAAACUACACACCGGUAUACAAGCAGCAUUGAUUCUGAGCAUUUAAUUUUCGUUAAGAAACGACGUACACACUCGGGCCGUCAUCCUGGUACCCGUCUGGCAUCAGAAAGUGACAGUGACAAUGACAAUGACCUGGAAUCGACAACCUCGGCCAACAGAGGCCCUACCUCGCAGUUUUAUCUCCGUCCAGGAAGAUACGCCCAAGGCACGGCAGCAACAACAACAGCAACAACAUCUCGUAGCCGCAGCCCUCGCCGCAGCGUCGACGCGGAAUUUCGCGUCCGUGAUCCUUCCCGGUUCGCGUCCAAGUCAGAGUCACACUCGGCCCGUCGCCGCUCUACCCCUUCCCUCUCCGCUAAAGACAUUCUUCUCGAUCAUGAACUCGACGUCUCCUUCCUGUCCAUUCCUUCCCGCUCGCAACCGUCCCGCCGGACCAAGACAGCCAACGAGCUGAUUGAUAGGCACCUCUCAUUCAUCCCCAAUGGCUGGCGCACUAUCAUAGCCAACACGGCGAAACAGUUGAGCGCGGAGGAUUGGGACCGCUCGGACGCGAGAGUGUUGAAAAAGCUAGAGGAGCACUGCCCGGCUUUCAGCAACUUGGAGGAAAUUCUUCCGGAUGUCAAGAUGGCUGUGCCGGCUUUGAGAGAGUUGAUGAGGGAAUUGGGAAGACAUCCUUGA